AACUAAUCCAAUCCAUUUCAUCCCCAAAACAAAACAUUUCCGUUUUUUCAAAAGAAAAAUUCUGUCUUUUGUCUCUGUCUGUCUCUCUCUCUGUCGCCGGCAACCGAAAUCUGUUGGGUUUUAGUUCAGCCAUGGAGGCGAAAAUGGCUACCCCAAGAGGAGUAGCAAUGAAAAGAGUAACAAUGUUGAGAAACGGAACAAAGAAAACAAAAUGGUAUUGGAAAUUGAAAUUCGGAAUCCGAUUAAAAGCCAUUAGAUCCGCCAUUUCUUCUUCUCUACACAACCAACGCCGCCGUCUCACAUGUUCCACCGCCAUCCCCACCAACACUCCGGUAAACGGCAUCGUUUCACCAUUAGUAGUACACCAAUCCAGAUCCUCCUCCAAGAAAAACGAACUCCGUUUAGCCAAACCCCUCGCUUCCCUCCUCCGUAUGCCACUCCGCGCCGCCGAUUUCAUCGAUUUCGGCAACCACAUGACUCCCACACUCUCCCCUCGUGAAAACAUCUCCGCCGUCUGGCGUGACCUCCACGGCGCCUCCGACUGGGACGGCCUCCUCGACCCUCUCCACCCUUUCCUCCGCCGUGAAAUCGUCAAAUACGGCGAAUUCGCUCAAGCAACUUACGACGCUUUUGACUUCGACCCACUUUCUGAAUUCUGCGGUAGUUGCAGAUACAACCGCCACAAACUCUUCAACGAAUUGGGUUUAGCUCAAAACGGCUACAAAGUUACAAAAUACAUCUACGCGUUGUCCCCUGUUGACGGCCCUGAUUGGUUCGAAAGCUCCAAAAUCGGCGAAGUCUGGAGCCGGGAUUCGAAUUGGAUGGGAUUUGUCGCCGUUAGCACCGAUGAAGAAAGUGACAGAAUCGGGCGGAGAGAUAUCCUCGUUGCUUGGAGAGGGACGGUUACACCGACGGAAUGGUAUAUCGAUUUAAAAACCAAGUUGAAGAAAAUCGACCGGAGCGACAAGAAAGUGAAAGUCCAACGUGGGUUUUUAACAAUUUACAAAUCCAAAGACGAGGAAUCAAAAUUCAACAAAACCAGCGCAUCGGAGCAAGUAAUGGAAGAGUUAAACAGACUAAUAAAUUUCUUCAAAGAAAAAGGCGACAGAGAAAUCAGUUUAACCAUAACAGGGCACAGUCUCGGCGGUGCUCUGUCUCUGUUAACAGCGUACGAAGCAGGGGUUUUAUUCCCGACGGGCGUACACAUCAGCGUGGUGUCAUUCGGAGCUCCGAGAGUUGGGAAUUUAACGUUUAGAGAGAAAUUAAACGAAAUGGGAGUGAAAACGCUACGUGUAGUGAUCGGACAAGACAUUGUUCCAAAACUUCCGGGUUUGUUUGUGAAUUCGAUAGUGAACAAGUUGAGCUUGGUGACGGGGAAGUUGAAUUGGGUGUAUCGACAUGUGGGGAAGGAAUUGAGGAUGGAUAUGUAUAUGUCGCCGUAUUUGAAGAGGGAAUCCGACAUGACGGGGAGUCAUAAUUUGGAGAUAUAUUUGCAUUUGGUAGAUGGGUUUGUUAGUAGGAAAGGGAAAUUUAGGUGGAAUUCGAGAAGGGAUGUGGCGUUGGUGAACAAAGGGAGUGAUAUGCUUGUGGAAGAAUUGAGAAUUCCUCAGUUUUGGUAUCAAUUGCCACAUAAAGGAUUGAUUAAGAAUAGGUUUGGGAGAUGGGUUAAGCCUGGGAGAAACCCUGAAGAUAUUCCUUCACCAUUUUCUCAACCUUCCCAUGUUUGAGAUUAUUCCUCCUUCUUUAUUUAUUUAUUGUUUACCCCUUUUUUUUAAAAAUGAUUUUGUGAAUUGGAUCAAUUGAUGUAGAUGAUUUGAUUAAUUCUUUUUUUAAGAGGAAGUUUGGAAUGAUAUGGAUGAGUCAUUUUCGCAAA